GAGCGGGGGGCGGAGGAGGGCGCGGCGGCGGAGACCCGGGCCUGGGGCCUGGCUGCUCGGCCCCCCGGACGCCGCGCCGCGCCCCGGUGUCUCCCCGGAUCCCCCGCCUUCCCCGCGGCCCAGGGGCGGACGGCGGCGCGCGCGGGCGGGGAGGGCGAGGGGCGGGCGAGGGGCGAGGGGCGGGCGGCGCCCCCCGGAGCCGGCCUCGCGCGCCGCCUUCCCUCCUUCCGGCCGCCGGCGCCGCUUCAUCCCGGGCCCCGCGCGCCCCGCGCCCCGCAGCCAGCCCCGGCGAGGCCCCCGCGCGCGCCGCCCGGAGGCCGAGGGAGGAGCCCGGGCCCGGCAGCUCGGGCCGCACCGAGGAGUAGAGUCUCAGAGACACACCUAAGAGGAGAAGUCCUGGAAUGCAAACUGCAGAACUGAACCAAGAGAAAGGAAAGAAGUACUGGCUAUCCUGGGCAAUUUGCAGUCAAAUUCAAAUCAUUUUUCAAUUGCUGGAGGAGGUUUUGGAGAGAGGUGAGCUCAGAACCUGACAGAAGUCCUGCAAGAAGUCCAUUUUCUCCUGUUCCGGGUCUGGACAAAUCUGGAUUGACAAGAGGAACUGAGAACCUCAGGUGUGGCAAAUACUUCAAGAAGGAGCUGUGAAGCCCAGGCCUCAGAAGGCCUGCCUGGGAGCCCCGAAACCACACUGGGCCACACUUGGCAGGUGGCACGUUCCCUGUUGCCGCCCUUCUCUGUGGCAGCUGGAUACCCCCUGCUGGGAAUGUUGGAAGGAAUCCAGGCCUGGGAGGCCGGUUGCAGUGACACUGGAGGAAAGGGGCACUGUUGGGAAAGGAGACGUGCCCACCCGCGUCCCCUCUCAGCUCUGUCCCUUCCAGACCUCAGAAGCUCUCCCUGAAACCACGUGCGGUCGGCGCUGUGUUGGGACGACCGUGUCCCCCUGCCUGGAGUGAGGGAUGGCCUCAGGCGGCUGGUGGAAACCAACCCAGACUGGCAGCGUCUCUCCGAAUGGUUUGGUUUGGCUUGAAGAAGCACUGGGUUAAAGAGGACACGAAACACUGUUGUGUUUCUUGCCAAGAAUCGAUCGAGACCUCCCGGUUCUUCAUGUGUCUCCUGCAGCAGAGCGUGGCUCCCGUGACCUGCCGGGGACUGGACGUGCCCUGCGUCCCUGCAGGGGCCGGAGAGAGCAUGAGAGGUGUCCACCACCAGGGUUCUGCCCAGGGCUUUGCAGGGAGGGUCGUUGAAUGGCUGGCGUUUGACAACACGCAGCACCAGUGGCUUCUGCUGGCCGCCUGUUUUUGGGUGAUCUUCAUGUUCAUGGUGGCGAGCAAGUUCAUCACGCUGGCCUUUAAAGACCCAGAUGUGCACAGUGCCAAGCACGAGCUUCUGCUCCUGACAACCAUGCCAGAGGCGGGGAAGUUGCCGGAAGAGACGCGUGUUCCUGAGGAACUGAAGCCGACCGGAAGGAUGCUGUCCGGCAGCCGGCUGGCCCAGCCCCUGGUCUACAUGGAGCGUCUGGAACUCGUCAGAAACGUCUGCAGGGACGAAGCACUGAAGAACCUCUCACAUACUGCGAUCUCCAAGUUUGUUCUGGACCGAAUAUUUGUCUGCGACAAGCACAAAAUUCUUUUCUGCCAGACUCCGGAAGUGGGCAACACCCAGUGGAAGAAAGUGCUGAUUGUCUUAAACGGAGCAUUUCCUUCCACUGAAGAGAUCCCUGAAAACGUGGUUCACGACCAUGAGAAGAAUGGCCUCCCGCGUCUGUCUUCCUUCAGCGAUGCGGAGAUUCAGAAGCGGGAGAUGACAGCCCUUCUGCAAUUACCUUUGACUCUGACUUUGAGACGGAGAACAAAGACAGCAACGAAAACCUCAGUCUCCUGCCUGGAGAGGCCGAAGCACCUGUGUCCUGUGAUGCAGGGCAGGUUCCCACCCAGGUCACGGACCCGAGACGCGGGGUCCGGAAGAUCAAGGUGGCCCAUGGGGAGCGGGCCUCAAACGCAGAUUUCCUUCAUCUGUUCCUCUUCUCGAGCCUCCAGGCCUAUGUCUCAUCCUCCCGGUGCUUGCCCUGUGCUAGGAAUUUAUUCUGAUUAUUCCAUAUGCGAUGAUGGGUUCAUGUGUCAACUUGGCCAGGUGAUGGUGCCCAAGUGUCUGGUCAAGCAAGCACUGGCCUAACCGUUACCACAAGGACAUUUGUGGCUGGUUAAGAAACCAGAAGGCUGGUUUAUUGAAUCAU